CGAGCACCAUUGUCCCAGAGGCAGCGCGUUUCCCUUCGAAAACGAUGGCAACCCUGCUCAAAGGCGCCCACAGCGGUCGACGAGCGCUGGUGCACCGAAGCGUCCUCUCGCCGGCUUUGYCGAGGGGAGCAAAGCGAACCCUGCCAACGACACCACCGGUGGUGCAUGCCCCGGUCUCCCGUUCGGUUCCCCGCCACCGAUCCCUGCACUGCCCCCRUGGGAGCCGAGCGGACCGCGGGAGAAACCCGGCAUCGCACCUCUUGCUGCGCARCGAGCAYUUCUACUCGACCACCCGGACCCUGCGACGACCGCCGGGGGACAAGAGCAAUCUCCCUUCGAAGCCGUCGUCUCCCUCGUCCUCGUCCUCGWCGUUCCUGGACCGGGUCAGGAACACGGCGGCAUCGGCCCUCGAGUCUUCCAGAGCCGCCGCCGAACACACCACAAAAACCGUCGCAACCAGGGCCUCUUCUGCGGUGCGGGAAAGCGCCAAGAAAGCCACCGAGAAAGCGCAGAGGGCGGCCUCCGAGACCCUCGAGGGCACACAGCGGGCGGCCAGAAAGGCCGGGGAAAAGGCCGUCAAGCGCGYCUCCGACACCGCUUCCGCCGCCAAGAGAGAGGGGUCCCGGAGGCUGUCGGAGGGCGCGGCYGGUGUUUCCAGGGCGGCCGGAGAAGCCAUUUCCUCGCGGAUGGGAAGGGCCGGGCAGAAACUCUCCGAGGGCGCCUCGGGGCUGAGGAACUCGACGGGCGAGACCAUCGCCAGGUCCACGAGGGCAAUCGGCAGCGGCGUCGAGGAACAGAGGCGCGCCGCYGCCGCAAAAGCCGAGGAGAUCUCGGAAUCCACGAAACAGCUCAAGGAAAGCGUGGCGGUCACCGGGAAAAAGGCCCUGAGCUGGUUCUGGUGGUGGUCUCUGGCGGCCGUCUUUGUGUACGGAGUGGCGUCCACGCUCCCCAUGGCCAUCAUCAAGUACACGAUGGAAGAAAAACGAAAGAAGUGGAGAGAGAGGCCAUCGGAGACGAACGACGAAGGAGGGGAAGGCAGCGGCCAGGAUGCGCAUCGCACGGAUCGAUCCCAGCACAUCCAGGAAGAACCAUCGAUAAACGCGGUCGGUUGGGACACAUUCUUUGGCGCGUCCGACCAGAGCGAGAGCAAGAAAGAUUGAGCRGAAACGAAAUAAAAGUAGCGAAUUCUCUUAGAAUAUCAACUACUGUGGCUUCUAGAUUUUGACAAGGACKCCAAAUAAUUUGUGUCGAGUACAUGGCAGUGAGAAAGACAGAUGAUGUUGRCUCUUGUCAAUUCGUUCUUUUUAUUUUCGAAAAUAGUUAUCUGGRUUCGUCAAAAGAUUUUCCAGAAGCUGAUUCAAAYAGUUGGUUGGCGGAUGUUGCGCGCAGGAUUGUGGUCUUUCGUUGGUGAUCAUACUGUUUAUUGCGGCGUUGUUGUGGUUGCUGCGACCAUCGUUGUAGUACGAGUGAUCGCCAGAGUAMMAAAGGCCAUUGCUUGAAUUGCCAUGGUUGAAAUGGACGAGACCCGGUUCCGUGCCGUUUCGAUUGUGCUCGUUUCGUUGCAACCAAUACUUUUCGUCCUGUGAUGUGUAGGUUGCUUCUUGCUGUUGCAGCGYAUUCUCGUUCAUCCCUUCUUUCGUCCACAUCAAUCUUUGGUCCUCCCCGACAGAGYUUCCAAGGGAUCUCCCAUCCGUCGAUCUCCAAUCUCUUUCGGUUGCUCUMAAACCUCUUUCGGCAAUUUCAUUGCAAGUAUCUGUGCACAUUGAAUGGAAGGAGCAGGAAGAGGGGUUGUUGACAUCAUGAUUGACCUGAGAAACGCAUCCCCACGCCUUUCGRUUCUCUUCUUUUUGGGGGAAGAGUAUUCUUUCGUCCUCUACUCGAAAAGUUGCUUCUUCGAUUUGAUUCCGUUUGUGAUCAUUCCAUGCCCGGUUUCCUAUUUCUCGGGACUCGUGUUUUAUCAAAUGGUCCACAAUUUCAAAGACAACCAUAAUCAAGCCUCGCGUAGAAUCGCGGCAAAUGGUCAAGAGUUUGGUGCACACCAUAUCAGACAAUGAACGGUUUUGGAUCAACGAUAUUAUUCUUUCAUGCCACUCCUCGCCGUACUUCUUUGCCAGCUGGGAAUUGCACGUUUCGAGGAGCAAACAAUCCAAGAUAAAGUGGUGCAGACCUU